AUGGAAGUUCUAACCACAAGCGUAGCGGACAGCCCCAUUCGCAUCUCUCCUACGAUGCUGCUCUUCCCCAAGCCUUCCGCCCUCAAGGACAUCUAUCGAGAUCCACAAUGCAACACAAGGGGCGGCAUGUAUGAUAGUGGGGCUUUGGGUCCCCCGCAUUUGGUUUCUACGAUAGACGGCGAGAAGCAUCGUGUCUUGCGCAAAGCUUUGUCGAAUGCGCCAUGGUCUAUUGGUCCACUGAAGAAUGCAUGGGAACCUCGCUUCGAUGAACAGGUCUCUCUUCUUAUCAAGAAGCUGAAAGAACAUGCGGAAGCUAAGCGCACCAUUUGCCUCUCCGACAAGGUUGCGGAAUUUGCGGCAGACAUCCUCAGCAUCAUCUCAUUCACCCAACCCUUUGGUAGUGUCGAGAAUCAGCGCGAUGAGAAGUAUCUAUUGACCAACUGGCGCAAGGGCCUGACAUUCUUCGGCUUCUCAGGGAGGUGUCGAUUCUUCAGGGAAAGGAUUCUGCGACUGCCUGUUGUAGGUUCCUUGCUACUACCAACUACAUCCAAUGAUUAUGGAAUGGGCUGGUUGAUGGGCGAAGCGGACCGUCAAGUUACCAGGCGGGAGCAGCAGAACAAGGAGAAACCAUUUGAAGGGAGGCCAGACUUCCUGCAGCACUGCCUUGAUGCCCGUUACUCAGAUGGCUCUCCACUGACUCCAACGCAAAAGCGUGCUCAUGUCACACUUCUCUAUCAAGCUGGAGCAGACACCACUGGUACGGCGCUAGGAUGUAUCCUCCGACUAAUCUUGACAAACCCUUCUACACUUGCACGUGUUCGGACUGAGCUGGAUGCAGCAGAGUCGUCUGGCCUUCUAUCAACACCCAUCCGUUACGACGAGACCCUCCAGCAUCUCCCGUUUUUUGUUGCAUGCAUCAAAGAAGGUCUUCGCCUCUUCCCACCGGCCCCCAACCUGUUCCCUAGAGUGAUACCAAAAGAGGGUAAAGUCAUUGAUGGACAUUAUGUACCUGGUGGAAUGGAUGUAACCAGCCAUGCAUAUACUGUCCAACGUGACAAAGACUUCUACGGGCAAGAUGCUGAGGACUUUAAGCCUGAUAUGUGGUUGCAGAGCGAAAAGAGAAACUUUGAGCUGGAGGCGGCUCAGUUUACAUUCGGUAUCGGCUCUAGAAUAUGUCUAGGCAAAGAUGUUGCGAAGUUAGAGAUGUACAAGUUGUUACCAGAGCAAACAGCUACAGCGCUUGAUGCUGCCAUCAAGGCGCGAGGCCGUUCAUACAUCGGCACUUCUUUGACGAUCCGCAAUGACAACACUGAGCAAAACAUUAUCCGUAGUGCAGAGUUUGGUUCCAUUACGCCUGAGAAUGCGAUGAAAUGGGAUGCCACAGAACCCAACCGGGGUCAGUUUAACUGGGGAAGUGCAGAUGCUAUCGCGAACUUUGCGACGCAAAAUGGAAAGCAGAUGCGCUGCCAUACGUUGGUUUGGUACAGUCAACUGCCGGGUUGGGUGAACCAAAUCAACAACAAUGCUACAUUGAUGAGCGUAAUGGAAAACCACAUCAAACAGGUCAUGGGUAGAUACAAGGGAAAGUGCACUCACUGGGACGUCGUCAACGAAGCUCUCAAUGAAGACGGUACAAACAGAGACAACGUCUUCCUCCGUUUAAUCGGGGAGCAGUACCUUCCCAUCGCCUUCCGCAUGGCCGCAGCUGCCGACCCAUCGGCAAAACUCUACUACAACGACUACAACCUCGAAUACGGCACGGCCAAGCACCUCGGCGCCCUCCGAAUUGUCAAACUCGUGCAAUCCUGGGGUGUCAAGAUCGAUGGCGUGGGUCUACAGGGUCACCUGGUUUCUGAGCCGACUGGCACUCAGAGUGAAGUAACACCGAGUGUUGCUGUAUUGACCAAAGUGCUGCAAGAUUAUGCGAACCUAGGUGUCGAUGUUGCGUAUACGGAGCUCGACGUACGAUCCCGUACCCCGAGCAAUACGCAGAAGUUGGCGGAUGCGGCAGCAGCUUGGGCGAGAAUUGCCCAGAGUUGCAUCAAUGUGCAACGUUGUGUUGGCAUGACCAUAUGGGGUAUCGCGGACAAGUAUUCUUGGGUUCCAGGUACUUUCAACGGAGAGGGGUCUGCAUUGCUGUGGACGGAUAACUUCCAGAAAAAGUCCGCUUACACAGCGUUCUUGGACGUUUUGAACGGGAAAAACGUGACGACAGUGUAA